AUGACUAAAAAAAAUGCUCAAGUAUAUUCUAAUUACUACUCGGGACAAAAUAUAGUUGUGGGCAAUGACAACGCAGAAGGUGAAUCUAAGAGAUUACAUGAUUUUAUUUUAGGCUCUUGGAGUUGGCGCAUCGUGAAUAUCAGUCCGGAGAUUAUGAGAACGCCGAGAGACAUUGCAUGCAGUUAUGGCGACAAGAAACAAACAAUACUGGAUCUGUACUGUGUUCGCAGUGAUCUCGGUAAUCUUUUGAAAGCAUUAGCAAGACUUGAUGAAGCCAAGGCUUGUUACCUGAAAGCUAUUGAGACUCGUCCGGAUUUUGCCGUCGCCUGGAGUAAUUUAGGCUGUGUUUUCAAUGCACAAGGUGAAAUAUGGCUGGCGAUUCAUCACUUUGAAAAAGCAGUGGCGUUAGAUCCUAAUUUUCUCGAUGCCUACAUUAAUCUUGGGAAUUACCAAUGUGUUAUUGUCUACACAGUGAUCUCUCCCUCGACAUCUGACGCGCCCUCAAUACGUCUCCAGCUGGAGAACGUUGUCACCAGUACUGUACCGAACGGAUGCAUCGACUGGAUUAAGUCCUGGCUUAAGAGAGCUGUUGCUGCAUAUCUGAGAGCGCUGAAUCUAAGCCCCAACAAUGCUGUUGUCCAUGGAAAUCUCGCUUGUGUUUAUUAUGAACAAGGGCUCAUUGAUCUUGCGAUUGAUACUUACCGACGAGCAAUUGAGCUCCAACCAAAUUUCCCGGAUGCCUACUGUAAUCUUGCAAACGCCCUCAAGGAGAAAGGUCAAGUGGUUGAAGCGGAAGAAUGUUACAACACAGCCCUGCGCUUGUGUCCCACCCACGCAGACUCCCUUAAUAAUCUGGCCAACAUAAAGCGCGAGCAAGGGUACAUAGAAGAAGCAACCCGCCUGUACUUGAAAGCCCUGGAAGUAUUUCCCGAAUUCGCAGCAGCGCACAGCAACCUAGCCUCAGUCCUUCAGCAACAAGGAAAGCUAAACGAAGCGCUAAUGCACUACAAAGAAGCGAUUCGAAUCCAGCCGACCUUCGCAGAUGCAUACUCCAACAUGGGCAACACCCUGAAAGAAAUGCAGGACAUCCAAGGCGCAUUGCAAUGCUACACCCGAGCGAUCCAGAUCAACCCAGCCUUCGCAGACGCACACUCUAACCUCGCUUCUAUCCACAAAGACUCCGGGAACAUCCCCGAAGCCAUCCAGUCCUACAGAACUGCUCUCAAACUAAAGCCCGACUUCCCCGACGCGUACUGCAACCUCGCGCACUGUCUCCAGAUCGCCUGCGACUGGACAGACUACGAAGCCCGCAUGAAGAAGCUGGUCUCAAUAGUCGCCGAGCAACUGGACAAAAACCGACUGCCCAGUGUCCAUCCUCACCAUUCCAUGCUCUACCCGCUGUCCCACGACUUCCGCAAGGCCAUAGCGGCUCGCCACGCGAACCUCUGCAUCGAGAAGAUCCACGUGCUCCACAAGCAGCCCUACAAGUAUCCCCGGGAGGCUGGAAUCAGGCUCAAAAUUGGGUAUGUGUCUUCCGACUUCGGGAACCAUCCCACCAGCCAUCUCAUGCAGUCCAUCCCGGGGCUCCACGAGAAGUCUAACGUUGAAAUCUUCUGCUACGCGCUCAGCACUGAUGAUGGAACCAACUUCAGGUCCAAGAUUGCUCGAGAAGCCGAACACUUUAUUGACUUAUCACAAAUUCCUUGCAAUGGCAAAGCUGCUGAUCGUAUCAACAACGACGGGAUUCAUAUUUUGGUUAACAUGAACGGAUACACCAAGGGAGCGAGGAAUGAAAUUUUUGCUCUUCGUCCAGCUCCGAUUCAAGUGAUGUGGCUGGGCUACCCCGGGACUUCAGGGGCCAGUUUCAUGGACUAUCUUAUCACUGAUGAAGUCACCUCUCCGGUGGAGCUAGCCAGUCAGUACAGCGAGAAGCUGGCUUACAUGCCACACACUUAUUUCAUUGGAGAUCACAAGCAGAUGUUCCCGCAUUUGAAAGAAAGGUUGAUUUUAACCGACAAGCUUAGUAUGAAGGGCAAGCUUGCUGAUAAUGUCGCGGUGAUUAACGCCACUGACUUGUCACCGAUGAUUGAGAACACUAUGGUAAAGGAGAUCCGUGAGAUUGUAGUCGCUGAUGCUAAAGCCAAGCCCGUGGAAAUUUCUAUGAAGAUCGCUGAACUGCCUACGACGACUCCUAUUGAGACCAUGAUCGCUUCUGGGCAGUGUCAGAUGUCUGUUAAUGGAGUCGUGGUCCAGAAUGGCAUGGCGCCUACUCCGGUUAAUACCAAGACUGCAACUGGUGAAGAGGUCCCGCAGAAUAUUGUCAUUACUACGAGACAACAGUACGGACUUCCUGAAGAUGCAGUUGUUUAUUGCAACUUUAAUCAGCUUUAUAAGAUUGAUCCUCUUACGUUGCAUAUGUGGGCGUAUAUUCUGAAACACGUUCCUAACGCGGUGCUAUGGUUGCUGAGGUUCCCUGCGGUCGGAGAGCCUAAUUUACAAGCUACUGCUCAGCAACUGGGACUAGCUCCUGGGAGGAUCUUGUUUAGUAAUGUUGCGGCUAAGGAGGAACAUGUUAGGCGUGGGCAGUUGGCUGAUGUUUGUUUGGAUACUCCGCUGUGCAAUGGGCAUACUACGAGUAUGGAUGUUCUUUGGACUGGCACUCCGGUUGUUACUCUGCCGGGAGAGACUUUGGCUUCUAGGGUUGCUGCUAGUCAGCUGCAUACUCUUGGGUGUCCUGAGUUGGUGGCGAGGACUAGGCAGGAGUAUCAGGAUAUUGCUGUUAGGUUGGGCACUGAUAGGGAAUUGAGAGAAUUGAAUUAA